GACCCAUCCGAAACGUCACGAGUUGCGGGGUCGAUCAUGGGGAGCUGAGAAAGAAUAACAGAAGUUAGCUAGCGAAACAACUACACUUUAUGAAAUAAAGUAGGGACAUUCUGGAAGAGCUACCGGCGGCCAGCAUGGCCAACAUUACAAAGAAAGUGUCGUGGUCCAGUCGGGCCGACGAGUCCGGGGCAACCGGGGAGGCGACACCGCUGCUUAACGGCGCCGAGCAGCGGCCACUCUCCAGACAGCUGUCUGGAGGAGGAAAUAUAUUUCAAAUAGGCAGACUCAGCACGGUGGAUUUGGAGGAGGAGAUGACAUCAGAGGAGGAGUCUUUAAGAGGGCGGCCUAAAGAGAUCGCUCAUAACGAGAAGCUGCUGUCGCUAAAAUUUGAGAGUCUGGACUAUGAUAACAUUGAGAACCAGCUUUUUCUGGAGGAGGAGAGGAGAAUGAGUUACAUGGGUUUCCGCUGUCUCGAGAUCAGUCGCUGGGUCGUCUGUGGUCUAAUUGGUUUCUUCACUGGCCUCAUCGCCUGCUUCAUCGACAUCGCUGUGGAGGAACUGGCUGGAAUCAAAUACCAAGUGGUCAAAAAGAACAUAGAGAAUUUCACCGAAGUCGGUGGCCUCUCCAUCUCCCUCAUUCUCUGGGCCGUCCUCAACUCUGCCAUCGUCAUGGUGGGCGCAAUCAUAGUAGCAUUUUUUGAGCCCAUAGCAGCAGGAAGUGGUAUUCCUCAAAUAAAAUGUUACCUGAAUGGAGUCAAGAUUCCCCGGGUGGUACGACUCAAGACACUGUUAGUGAAAGUGUGCGGUGUUAUCUGCUCAGUGGUUGGUGGUCUUGCAGUUGGAAAGGUAAAUCACCCCUAA